AUGGAUAUCGGUAUUGGCGCACGCAGCCGUGAGCACACCAGCCAGGGCGCAUGCGGUGGCCGUGCCAGCAGGGCCGCCAUUGGUGCUGCGAUGCAAUACUCACAAGAGCCCAAGAGAAAGCGGGGAUCCACUCUGGUCGUGGUUCCCGAACCGCCGGAGCAUGUCCAGGAAGUCACGGCUGCAGGUGCGGGUUUAUUCCUUCCUUCCCAAUACCAGCUCCAACAGCACACCUUCAUGGACAAAAGAGGAAGGCGGUGUGGACGUCCACUUGGUAUUUACGUCGUAUCCAGCAGAGCUUUCCCACUGGCACCCCACUUUCGUACCAUGUCGUCUGUCCGUCUGUUUACUCACACAAUGGGCAAGCGCGUUUUCUGCCAUUGA